AUGGCAAACGUAGGAGCCAAUAGUACAGUGCUGCCUCCUGGCCAACUACCAGUACUUCCUGCCGUGGAUAACACACUAGGUGCGCUGCUAGUAGGCGGAUUAGUUGCAACUGCACUAUGGGGCGUCACUUGCGUCCAAACAUUCUCCUUUUUUCUGCGCGUUGGUGCCGAUCCGACGCGGAGGCUUCAAAAAUCACUUGUCGCUAUCCUUUGGGUGCUUGAUACGUUCGACACAGUCCUCAACGGCCACAUUCUUUACUUCUACCUCAUCACCAAUUAUUUCGCGCCCCAGACGAUACUGUUUCCUGUGUGGAGUGUUAUCAUCCAUGUCGCUGCCACGUCCAUCUCAAACUUCAUCGUUCGGAGUGUCUUCGCUCGUCGGGUCUAUCGAUUGAGCAAGGGAAAUAUACCGGGUACACUCCUGAUCGUGGCACUGUCCACCCUGGAUUUGAUUUGCGGAAUAACCAUCACAGCCAAAGCUUUUGGGAUAACGUCGUACCUGCAGCUCGCCGGUCUUUCAAAUUUGAUGUACCUCAACUUCGCUGCUGGGACUGGAAGCGAUAUUGCCGUUGCUUUGGCGCUGUGCUACCUGUUGCACAAGUCCAGAACAGGAUUCAAAAGGACGGAUUCUUUGAUUCGAGUGCUGAUGGCGUACACAAUCAACACCGGUUUACUCGUUGCCUUAGAUGCAACGGCUGGCAUGUUCACCUAUGCGUUCAUGCCUAACAACUUCAUUUUUCUCGGAUGUUACCUGUUGUUGAGCAAAUUAUACCUCAACUCCUACCUCGCAAUUCUUAACGCAAGGAAUGGCCUUGGUCUCCGCGGAACUGCGAGCGACGGGCCAGUUUCCGUAGAUAUUCACCUCUCGCAGAUAAGCGGUGUGAGGUGGCGCACCGCAACAUCUGCCACGAGCGGGUAUGGUUACAAUCCUGAGAGUCAUCCCGAGAGUUCAGGUACGGCGUUGGGGACGGACGAUCUACAGCCUGCGUUGGUAAUACCCAAGAUCGUGGAUGUUCAGAGCAGCGGAGUGUCAAGCUCUUUGGAGACAGACAGCAGGAGAGAACUACAGGAGCGUGAUCCUGAGAAGCACCAGGAGCCGUGGAGUCCCGUGUAA